AUGGGACAGGUUGGUGGCCGGGAGAAGCUCGAUGAGAUCUAUUUUGUGCAGAAGGUGAAGCUGGGACAGGGAAGCUUCGGCACGGUUUGGCGAGCAAAGAACCGAAAGAGCGGCAUCACCGUCGCUAUCAAGCAGAUGGACAAAGCCAGCAUGCCAAAGCGGGGCGUGAAGCGCCACGAUAUCGAAAGGGAAGUAUCCAUGAUGAGAGCUUGCUCACAUGAGUACAUCACGAAGCUGUACGACACCUUCGAGGACCAGACCAGCAUCUACCUGGCAUUGGAGUACUGCGAUGGAGGUGACUUUGGCGACAAGGUUCGAGAGCUUGGACCUGUCAUCAAGGAGGAAGAUACGGCCGAGUGGAUGCGACAAAUGUGCGAAGCUCUAUACCAUCUGCACAGCAAAGGCAUAUGCCACAGGGACAUCAAGCCUGACAACUUCAUGGUCUUGGGGGACUCCACUUUGAAACUGUCCGACUUCGGCCUAGCGGUGCAUUUGCCACCAGGCGGCAUCCUAACCGACAAGUGCGGCACGCCCGCCUUCAUGGCGCCGGAGCAGCACAUGAUGCCGGUUCACAGCCGUGGCUAUGGUUUUCCGGUGGACAUGUGGGCAGCUGGAGUGUCCAUGUACAUGAUCAUCUUUGGUGGCAAGCAUCCGUUUCUGAAUCGGCGGAACGAGCUCGACCAGAGACAAAUGCUUGAGGGGAAACUUGACUUCACGGACACUUCCUCCGUUGCUGCUCAAGGUCUAGGUCUUUUCGGUCUUAGCGAAACGAUCCAGAAGUUUUCGGAAUCUGCGAGGUCCUUCUGCAAGCAGUUGGUUCAGGUCAAUCCUGCGUCGCGGCUUUCGGCGAGCAAUGCUGUUAGGGUGGCAUGGCUAAGCUCCGGGAGGCGGGUGGCGGAGCAGAAGAGGAAACUCACCGAAGGAAGUCCCAGCGACGCAGAGGCCGCCGCUGGCAAAGCUGAGUCGCGGCCCCGCGCACGCUCAGCGCGGUCUGCGCAAUCAGAUGCGCCGAGUCCCAUGGGAUACCCACAGGGCGAUGGCCGCACACCAAAGGGCGCCGGAAAGGGCCCAUCGGAGAGGUUCGGCAUGGACGCGCCUAAGGCGCCUUUGCCCGUGCCUCCGAAAGGUGGAGCGCCAAAAAGCGAAUCGGUGAUGAUUCGGCAAGAGCUGGAAGAGCUGAAGCAAUCGAAGGCUGAACUCGAAGCCCAACUCGUGGAGGUGAAAAAGCAAAACAAGGACUUUCGGACCCAGCGGACAAAGGAACUCGCGGCCCAGGAGGCUGCGCCGCGAGAAGCCGUUCAUCGAGAGUCUCCCACUACCCUCAUGGCGGCUUCAGCGCCACGGCUGCUGCAGCCAGGCACGAAGUGCCGGUACGAGCCGACUUCGUCAACGCAAUACCCGUUCCUGCCUGCGGUUAUACAAGGUUUUAAUGACCUUGACUGCACGUACAACUUGGACGUGCGGCCUCAUGCGCAGCCCUCGCGAAUUGCCCCGGCGAAGGAGAUUACUGCUGAAGAGGCCUGGCCUCGCGGGACACUCGUGAACUACUUUAGUCAACAGCGGGAGCAGCAGGGAGCCGCACAGUCCUUGCCUGCUGUCGUGAAAUCCUUUAAUGAGAUGGAUUCCACCUACAACCUGGACAUCCGUGACCAUGCCGACUGCGACCGGAUCCGCGUGCGCGUCAUCCCGAAGGAGGCAGGCGAGGCGGCGGAUCCGGGACUCACCUCGGCCAUGAUGAGGCCGGGGAUAGAGAAGCGCAACACAAAGCCGCUCAACGGCCAGGAGGCCCGGGAAGCCCAGGGAACGGAGGGUGGUUGUAAGUUCAUGGCUAGUAAGCAAGGUCGGGUUGUGCAAGGGGUAUACUAUAGCUGUCCCUCCGUGAUGUGCUCUUUAUGUGACUUCUGCUACGGCGUCCUGCGCAAUGCGUUGUGGGAUGAUGCUGCAGAGGCGAAAGCUGGAAGGUUUGCCGCAGACCUGUCCCGACACGCGGAAGAGGAGCGCUUUUCGUCGGGUCUGGUUGGACCAUACCUUGCCUGGCGCUACUCUUACCUGCUGGUGGGCUUAGUCUUCGGACUGCUGCAUGUAGCACUGUCAUCGCCCUGGCUCAGUGACGCAGAUUACAGCCUUUUCCUGCAACAUCAAGUUGCUGCAACGACUCCGCGUGACCGCUUCGUGCCACUAGUUCGUACUCUUCAGGUUAUUGAUGUUGCCAUCUGGUUGUUGUCAAUUCUCGCUUGCGUUGGUACGUUGCUGGCCGUGUGCGUUGCAAGUCCCAGCAGAGCAACAGGCAGCCUAAGGCUGGGCAGGCGCAUCAUUUGGGCUACGUGGCUGCUCUCCUUCUUCCCUCCCUUCAUGUUGUUUCUCAUAUUUCCUGUUCGUUCCAUGGUCGACUGGAGGGCGAUCACAGCGGAUGUUUGUGUGAGUUCUAUCUCUGCCAGUGGCAACAUGGCUGGAUCCCAGCUUGUGGACAACCUGCAGGUGCUGCAGCAGGUUGGAGCUCUUGACGAGUCAAUGCAGGGCGUCGCAAGUGAUCCCUUCCAAUGGUGUCUCGACAACGGAGAGAACUGGCAUGCAGUUUUCUUCAAUCAGUCUGUGCCCUGCGUGUGGUCUGUGGAGGAUCGCUGUCGCCAACUGAGCUGCGAGAGACUCACAGCAGGAACUGUGGCAGAAAGGCAGUGUAUUCAGAACUGCGUGAACUUCACUGUUGCGACGAACGGUCAACAGGCUCAAGAAGCACUGACACGGCUCAUGCAGGAGUGUGACGCUCAGGUUGCCAGGCGUUCCUAUGCACCGCAGGCGCUGCAGCAGCAAAUGCGUGCCUCUUCAUUAUCUGGAGAGGUUUCUCAAGCCGACCUUGUGAAUGCGAUAUCGACGCUGCAAAGAUUCUCCAUCAUGCAGCUUUCCGAGAGCACGACUUUUGCCAGCACUCAGGCCGAGUAUGCCGUUGGUAUGCUGUUGGCAGUCAUGGUUGGACAGAACAUGGUUUCUGCUGCACUUGGGCUGGCUAAUGGUCUUGCAGAAUCGUUGAUCAACUUGAAGGCCAUGUUCCCUGGAACUCAGGCAGGCGGCUGGUUGCUGAUCCUCACCACAUUCGAAGUCCUGCCGAUCUACAUGGUCAUUUUCGCCCUCUUUCAACAGAUCUUCGGUGACCCAACACUCUCUGUGGGAGUCGUGGCGGCCACACUGUACCUUGCAGUCGGCAUUCACACCGGAUACCGUAUCACAGGCACGAAAAAAGGAGUGGCUGGCAGAUGGCAUGUCUAUCGCCACAUUUGGGUGGAGUAUGGCUUGCGCUUUGUUUUCGGCCUAUGCACCUUGGCUGCCUGCAUCGCAUGGGCUUUUCAGAAAAACUUGGACCAGUCCUUGAUCACCUACAUACACCAAGACUUGCUGACACCCCGUACCAUUGCUGAGAUUAUCUCGUCGUUCUUUGCCAAAAAGGCCUUGACAGCAGUGGCCGGUACAGAUGCCAUGGUGUCUGCAUUCGUUCAGAACGAGACAUGGCGAUUCGAGAUGGAGGCACUGGAAUCGAAGUCUGAAUCCAAGUCCCAUGCGAGAGCAGUCACAGAUCUUGUUCGACUCGGACAUUUGUACAAGCUCUCUCCUACUGAAGGUCUGGAUGCAGAGUAG